AGUUCUGCUUGAGAUUUUGCUAACGAUCCUAGCAUCAAUCAUAGCACCCGGCUGAUAAACGUACCCUGGUUGGCACUUUUUUCUCUCGAGUUCCACUGCUCUUCUCUGUUCUAAAGUUGUUAUCUUUCAAUUCAUUUGUGUUGUGUCGUGUCACUUUUGCUUUGGCAAUGAUCAGCUGAGACAUAAUCAGUAUUCAUAGCGUUGAAACGAUGGCCACUAUUCCGCCAGUCACCAGAUUAUCGACGAGAUUAAUCCGAAUUCUUGGCUUUAAUCCAAGUCCAAUGACCUUGCAAGGAACAAAUACCUACCUAAUUGGCUCGGGAACACGACGAAUAUUGCUGGACGCAGGGGAUCCAGACGUACCAGAUUACAUAAGCCACUUAAAACAAGUUAUCUUAGAUGAGAAAGUCAUAAUCGGUGACAUUAUUGUCUCGCACUGGCACCAUGAUCAUAUUGGAGGAGUGGAUGAUGUACUCAAUGCUAUUGACAACAACGAAUCAUGCAGGGUAUGGAAAUUCCGACGAACAGAUGCGCCAGAACCAACACUUGAAAACACGGUCUGCUGUGAGCUGAAAAAUGGGCAGAAAUUUGAAAUCGAUGGAGCUACAUUGGAGGUACUUCACACACCGGGUCACACAACGGAUCAUAUCGUUCUCUUGUUGCAUGAGGAUAACUCAUUGUUCAGUGGAGAUUGCAUUCUGGGAGAAGGAACAACUGUCUUUGAAGACCUUUAUGAGUACAUAAAAAGUCUAUGUAUAAUCAAAAAUACAAAACCAACCGUUAUCUAUCCUGGCCACGGCAACGUUAUAACCGAUCCAAUUGAUCGCAUAAAUCACUACAUAAAUCAUCGUAAUGAACGAGAGGCUCAAAUUUUAGCGGUUCUGCAAAGUAACCCAAAUGUUGAAUUUAAAGAAAUGGACAUUGUCAAGGUGAUAUACAAAAACACACCAGAAAAUCUUUGGAUGGCUGCUGCGUACAACGUCAAUCAUCAUUUACGAAAACUAACAAUCGAGCGAAAAAUAAUCCAUGAACACGAUGCUUGGAAAUAUGUGCAUUCUGCUUCAUUAUGAGUGAUAUUUUAGAAUGUCUAAGGGUGGAUGUAAUAACGAUAUGAUAAGAUAUUAUGAGAUAAAUAGAUUUGAUGAACUCCCGGCCCCGUGAGGCUAACGCCAUAUGAGCCCUUAUAAAAAUAUAUAUUUUGGAAAAAAAAAUAGAUUUGAUUAAUUUAUUCACAAGAUAAUGUAAUAAACAUAUAAGAUCGAUAAUAUCUAGUAAUAUAAGUUAAGAGAUUGAGGCUCUGAGAUAUAAAAGAGAAAAAAAACGCUCGUGCUGCGAGAACUAGUCUAAAACUGCUAUUUUUGUUAUUUCGUUUCAUAGCAGUAACCUAAAUUCUCUCUCUGUUCCGCGCCGAUAACAUUUAUUUGUAUGUUAUUCAAAUGUGAAGCAACUAAAAAACCUUGUAUGUUCAAGAUAUGAACCACGCAAUGUACAGUGGGGAAUCGCUGGCCAUCAGGCAAAAAACGAAAUUGGCAUCAGCUGUUUCGUAGUAUUUUUCCUGUCUUGCUAUAAUAUUCAAAUGCUUGCGCAAAUGCGCCCAAAAUUUAUUUCUCGUUAUCACAUC